UGAUGGUAAUAAGAAGAAGAAGAAUCUCUUUCUCUCACAGAUAAGCAUGGAAACGCUUUCAAAUGAUUGAACCAAAUACCCUUUUCACUUUCACCUCUGUUUUUAACCCCUUCCAUCUUUUCCUUUCUCCUGGGACUGCUCCUUCAUUCACAAAUCACAAGUCUCCCUUUUAGGAUGUCGACUCCUGCAAGAAAGAGGCUCAUGAGGGAUUUUAAAAGAGUGCAACAAGAUCCUCCAGCUGGAAUCAGUGGAGCUCCACAUGAGAACAAUAUUAUGCUUUGGAAUGCAGUUAUAUUUGGACCAGACGACACCCCUUGGGAUGGAGGCACAUUUAAGUUAUCACUUCAGUUCACAGAGGAAUAUCCUAAUAAACCACCUGUGGUGCGCUUUGUUUCUCAAAUGUUUCAUCCAAACAUUUAUGCAGAUGGAAGCAUAUGUUUGGACAUUUUGCAAAAUCAAUGGAGUCCAAUUUAUGAUGUAGCUGCAAUACUUACCUCAAUUCAGUCUUUGCUUUGUGAUCCAAACCCAAACUCUCCAGCGAAUUCAGAAGCUGCACGGAUGUUUAGUGAAAACAAACGUGAAUACAACAGAAGAGUACGAGAUAUUGUUGAGCAGAGUUGGACUGCUGAUUAAUGAAUUUCUAUUGCUGUUAAAAGGUUAUCGAAGGAUGUGAUUGAAUAACCAUUUAUGUACUUAAAAGAACAGUUGUGUUUUGUAGUCCUUGGUAAUGUGUUUGUGUUUCUUCGAACUUAUAUGAAUGGAUGUUCCAUCUAUGAUC